UUUUUCUUUUUAAAUUUAGGGAUAAGACUUCUUUUUUAAGACUUGAAGUUAGGUGAUGGUGGUGGGAGCGUCAGGACAACAAUUCCCACCAUCCACUGCGUCUGAAGCUCGAAGUCGUCAUUUCCGCAGCUGCGCAGUCCGGAGCUGGCGGCACGUUGGGGAGGCAGACAUGGCGGACGGCGCAGAGGAAAACGUGAAGCCAAACUCAGAAGAAAGUCUCGAAGCUUCGAGCGGAGAAGAAGAAACCAGUCCGGGAGACGGCGGAGAAACCAGCGCGGCGGCGAAGACCUUCAGAGACCUGGGCGUCACUGAGGUCCUCUGUGAGGCCUGCGAUCAGCUGGGAUGGAAAAGUCCGACAAAGAUCCAGAUCGAAGCGGUUCCUGUGGCGCUGCAAGGUGAGCGGACAGGUACACAG